UUUUAAUACACUGUCAGUGACAAAAUGUCUUUUUUUUUCUGAUGAACAAAGGGUGAAUCCAUUACUGGUGUGGAGAUCCAGUCGUCACUAUGGGUGAAAGAAAAGGAACAAAUAAAUACUACCCUCCUGAUUUUGAUCCAGCCAAGCAUGGAUCCCUCAAUGGCUAUCAUAAAACUCACGCUCUGCGGGAGAGGGCCAGGAAACUGUCCCAGGGCAUCCUCAUUAUCAGGUUUGAAAUGCCCUACAACAUCUGGUGUGAUGGCUGCAAAAAUCACAUUGGCAUGGGGGUCCGUUACAAUGCUGAGAAGAAGAAAGUGGGGAACUACUACACCACGCCAAUCUACAGGUUCAGGAUGAAGUGCCACCUGUGUGUCAACUACAUCGAGAUGCAGACAGAUCCAGCGACUUGUGACUAUGUUAUAGUGAGUGGGGCAAGCAGAAAGGAGGAGCGCUGGGACAUGGCUGAAAAUGAGCAGAUCCUCACCACAGAGCGGGCAGAGAAGGAGAAGCUGGAGACGGAUGCCAUGUUCAAACUGGACCACGGUGGGAAAGACAAGGAGAAGCUUAAAAAGGCCCUGCCCUCUCUGUCAGAGAUCCAGGACUACCAGUCUGGCUGGAAGGAUGACUUCCAGCUCAACAGCGCCCUCCGUAGGAAGUUUAGAACAGAGAAGAAAGUUCUGGCUGAACAGGAGGAGAAGGACAAUGCAGUAAGGAUGAGAACCAACCUAUCCAUCCCACUGCUGCCAGAGAAGGAGGAGGACAAGAAACUUGCAGCACUGCUAACCUACCAGACGCCUGACUCCUAUGAGGACAAGCAGCACAGCAAGCGAAAACAGAUCUCCUCUCGUUCAUGGUUUAACUCCACAUCAACACCACCAGGUGGUGCUGCAGGCAGUCUGCUCCAUAAGCUGGGCCUGCAGGGGAAAGAAGCAGCAGUGGCCAAAGCCCUGGGCUCCUCGCACAGCCCCCUGAUCCGAAAACGCACAGGAGGGACCGGAAUUAAAGCUGAACAGUGUGCCACCAUCACACGCAGAAAAUCACACCCUGAGGGCGACGCAUGUGAAGGACAGACUUCAAAGAUCACAGAGCUGGACGUGGGCCCAUCUGCACCAUCAACACAAGUAGGUCAGAAGGUAGCAGAGACAAACGGCACUAGUUUCAAGGAGGCGCAUGUCAAAACCACAGAGGAAACGGACAAAGGACUGGCAAACGCUGAGGACUCUGGAAAGGAGAAGGAACAGGGCGCAUGUUCAGGAGGAGUCACAUCUCUGGUGGCAGACUACAGCGACUCAGAUUCAGAGCCUGGACAAUGAGGCUGAUCGUUGAGCUAAAUGUGUUUAUGAAUGAUUGUAUGUAUGAACAAACCACUGUAGGCAGAGCUCACACGCUGAGUUCUGGAUGCUAUCUUGUGUAUGAGAUUAUGUGGCUAAUCUGUAUGAAGUGAACAACAUGUCUUCCUGUUAACCUGAGAGACCAUCUGUCAUGCCUUUGUGUUGUCAACGGCUUUCUUUACCAUCUUAAUUUGCACUUUGGGGAACCAUAACGCGUGCUACCUUUGUACAACUGUUAACCAUUUGUGCGUCUGUGUUGAAUGUCCAAACCUCGUCAUCUAUAAUAAUAUACAAUAAUUUUGCAUCAGAAAUCAAAAAGUAGAGAAAGAAGUAAGAAAAAAAAAAUCAAACGAGGAUGGCUCUUUUAGUCAUCGUCAACGUUCUGUUGUUAAAAAGUGAUCUGUCUCAUUCUGAAAAGUCAGCUUUUUAAAAAACCAACAUGGCUCAGUUCAAUUUUUUUUCUUAAAACAGAAUUUAUCCUUUUUUCUGAUAUGAUUUCAGCAUCCGACGAUUUGUUGUUGCUGUUUCAUAGUGAGAAACUAGCAUCUCUUCUGUUCAGGAGUUAAAUUAAUGCCUCUGUAGUAAAUAAAAUAAAAAAUAAAGCAAUGAGGGGAUAGUCAAAUGCUUGUUUCAGCUUCCAACAUGUACUGUACAAUGUCUUACUUUUCAUUUGUUGAGAAAUGUGUUGUGUGCGCUCACCUGUGGGAGUUUUAUUUGAAGAUUGUAAAUGUGUUUUAACAAUGUGUCAUAUGUUGCUAGUGUGAUAUCAGAGUGUGCUUCAGUAUGUUGCAUCUGUUUCCAACCCAGCUUUAUUAAUUAUACUUUAUUUAAUGACUUGGUUGUUUUCAUUUUUGGUUUUUAGAUGCCCACACAUGUGACUUGCUGACAAAACUGCCAGGAGCCUUGUAAAAUUAAAUAUAAAAUACUGCUUAUA